AUGUGUGUUUAUCUUACAGUGGAGUUCGUGAUAUCUAACCGCGGUCGGCGUCAUAUGCGGCUCGGCGGGUUUUCUUUUUACGCGGAGAAAGUGUUUCCCGAGAAGAGCAAGGUGCGAUGGCGGUGCACUAGGCGGACCUGCCGUGCGUACGCGCAUACGUUGCACGAUCGGAUAUUUGCUCUAAGCAAUGUGCACUCGCACGAGCCCCCGGCUUUGCCUCCGACGUCGACAGCUCCCUCGUAUAGGGCUUUCACUCAUGCCGCCUUGGCUACUCAGGCCAAAGCCGUACUGGAUGAC